AAAAAAACGAAAGCAAAAUAUUCCAAAUCCCUAAAACCCUAGUUUCCAUUUCUCUCACUCAAAAUCUCACUACAAUUUCAAAUCUCAAUCCUUCGAUUCAUUCUUCACAACAACAAUGAGAAAUCAAUGGCGCAUUCUUCAUCUUCUUCUUCGCACUCACCACAAAAUCCCCAUUCAAUCUCACACACUUCGCUCUUUCUCUUCAACCCCCCUUCGUUUCAACACCAAUUACUCCAAAUUCCUCAUAAACCCUAAUUUCCGCCAUUUCUCUUCCGAACCAGUUAUCCCACAACCCAAUCCCGAUCACAUCGUCAUCGUUGAUUUAUUCUCGAAAUCCAUAGAUCUUAAUGAAGUUAACAAACACCUUGAUUUGAUCAAUCACGAUGCUGUCAACGCUGUUUUGAGGAAAUUUGAUUCUGAUCUUGAUUCUGCGCGGAGAUUGUUCAAAUGGGUAUCGGAGAAUUGCCCCGAAAAGUUGAGUUCGAAAUCGUAUAACCAGAUGCUGGGUGUUUUGGGAAUUAAUGGAGCUGUUGAUGAGUUUUGGGAUUUGGUUGUUGUUAUGAGGAAAAAGGGUUUUGGUGUUGCGAAAUGGGUGAAAGAUAGAAUGUUGGAGUAUUUUGAAAAGGGUGGAAUGAAUGGUGAUGCUGUGAAGUUGAAGGAGUUGUUUGAUAAGGAUACAGUUGAGAGGAAAUUUACUAGUUUGUGUAGGAUUGUGAGGAAAAACGUGUGGAGUGAUGAAGUGGAGAAGGAGAUUAGGGAUUUGAAUGUUGGGUUUUCGAGUGAAUCGGUUAAUUUUGUUUUGGAGAGUUUAAGUUCGGAGCCGAAUAAGGCGUUGAUAUUUUUUAGGUGGGUGGAGGAGAGUGGAUUGUUUAAGCAUGAUGGAGGGAGUUAUAAUGCAGUGGCGAGGGUGCUUGGAAGGGAGGAUUCCAUUGAUCGGUUUUGGAAGGUUGUUGGCGAUAUGAGAAGUGGUGGAUUUGAGAUGGAAGAGGAGACUUUUGUUAAGGUUUUGGGACGGUUUUGUAAGAGGGGGAUGAUUAAGGAAGGUGUCGAGCUUUAUGAGUUUGCUAUGGAUGGUGUUGACAAGCCUUCGGUGUCGUGCUUUACCUUUCUGUUGAGAAAGGUUGUUUCUGUUAAGGAGUUAGAUAUGAAUUUGUUUUCGAGGGUGUUGAAGGUUUUUACCGGGAACGGGAGUGCUUUAACAGAUUCUAUGGCUGAUGCUGUACUGAAAUCUUUAACAAGUGUUGGUAGGAUUGGGGAGUGGAAUAAGGUUUUGAAGGAAAUGGAAGAUUGUGGGUUUAUUGCUAGUGGUUGUUUGCGGCGUAAAAUUGCAUUUCGACUCGGUGCUACUGGUAACAAGGAGCAAGCUAAUGAGUUUGUGGAUAGAAUUGAAGCAUAUGGGUCUAGUACAGAUCGCAAGAUGCGGGAAUCUUUAGUUGAGGGGCAUUGUGUAGGUGGGAACCUUGAUAAGGCCUUUGAUUCUUUCAAAGAGAUGGUUGAGAAAGAGGGAGUUGCAUCUGCGGGCUAUACUUUUGAUGUGUUGAUGAAUUCAUAUUGCCAAAUGAAUAGAGCGAAAGAUGCAUACAAGAUUCUUUGCAAAUGGGUGAGCGAAAAAGAGUUAAAGCCUCGACAUUCUACUUACAAGCUUAUGGUAAAUAAGUUAUUGGCUCAGGGAGGAUUCACAGAUGCCUUAAAUCUUUUGGGUCUGAUGAGAACCCAAGGUUUCCCUCCUUUUACCGAACCCUUUAUUGAACACAUAUCAAAGAGCGGAAGUGGUGAUGACGCCGUUCUGUUACUCAAGGCAAUGACCUCAAAGAAGUUCCCAUCUACAUCUGUGUACCAUGUAAUGUUUAGUGCAUUCUUCAAGCAAGGAAGGCAUGUAGAAGCACAAAAUUUCCUUUCAAAAUGUCCAAGCUUCAUCCGCGACGACGCCGAAGUCUUGGAUCUCUUUUAUUCCAUGAACUCCAAAGAAGCUGCUGCUUCUUCUGGUAAGGUGGCUGCUUAAGUUUACAAAAUGUAUCUCAUAUUGUACUCUCAAGAAGAUUGCACAAUGGCAUUUGUUCAGGAAACUCGGUGAGAAUUUAUUUUCUCCUUAUCUAAAAUAUUGAUAUGAGAAGAUGAAUCUAGCUUUCAAGUAGGCCAAAGAACCCAAAUAAAUUUUUUACAAUCUUUUGCAUGAGAUUUGUGUUUCACAUGUUCCCGACAUGAUUGAAGGACAACAAACAUAUGCUUUGGUUGGUGAUUGAUAUCAGUAGACGUUGUAGUUCUCUCGUCAUUUUGAUAUACUGGACUGUUUUAGUAUAGAUUGUAGAUCAAGAUGAUGCUAUAUGAGCGGUACUUUUACACAUACAAAAUGAUACAAUUUGUUCCUGUAUGAGGUUGGCCCUCUGUUAUUUUGAACAGUAUUAUCAGAGAUUGAUGAUGCCUUGAAUUUACUAUGUAACUUUGUUUGUCUGGAACUAACAAUUUUCAGAUAGGGAUACUAAUAGUUUUUCAGCCUGGAUUAUGGCAAUGCAACA